AGCAUCGCUUACUUGUCAUUGUCACUGAAAUAUCAAUUUCUGCUUGAAUAUCAAUAGUAAUGGAUAAUCUUAAAUUUUACUUUGGUCAUUUGGUUAAGGCGUUUAAGAGCACUUUAAGCCAUUAAGAACAAACAUUCUACAGUUUCCCUGUGUAUAUGCAUUCCGCUGCAGAAUUUAGAGUGCCCCGAGAAGUGGCUGCAACAAAAUUGGAGGGAUUAGCUUCACUUGCACAGUCACGCAAUUCAUCGGCUGCGAAUCCUCAUCCCGGUCUGCGUCUGGUGAUGGUGAUGGUGAUGGGUAUGGGUAUUCCGGGUGCCAUGUCCUGUAUCCCGUAUUCCCGUAUUCCAUAUCCCGGACAAGUGGGCUCCGGCGACGAGUGCGGCAUUAUUGCCUGUUGCUUUUGCCAGUGGCACUGCCACACCACAGCUGAUGUGGUCGGCCGUAAACAUGCGGCAGCGAAUGAGUGGGCGUGGGAUUCCGCGGGGUUGCACACUGCGUAUGCCGUACUCCGCACUCAAUGCUCCACCACCAGCUCCAGCUCCACCUCCAGCUCCACCGUACUCGACAGUAACGGGUCGUCGUCACACACAAGUAAUUGCAAUCAGCACCUUGGCAACAAGCAGCUGCGCCAAAAUGAGCGAAAAAGGAAGAAACUCGGCCACGGACGUAUUUAUUUAUAAAGCAAUCCGUAACUCACGGUGCGUGCUGCCGUAUAUCUUAACACCCGAAUGCCAAACGAACUCUUGGAACUCAGCUCAAGCGUACGGAUUUAAAUUUAUUGUGUUAAAUGGUCAUCUGGCCGCCAUUUAUAUGCUAAUUGAGACUUUUUAAUUGUAAUUUCUUACGCACUCAGAGAAAAGCACAAUAGGAUAGGAUUAUCAAACUUAUUUCAAUAAGGUUAUAAACAUAUUUCCUACUGUCGCUAUAAUCAUUCCUAUAUAAAGCUUAUUUGAUUUAUUUCACAUCAA